AUGUCAAAUGCUUCAAGCAAGGCUUGGUGGAAAGAGGCAGUUGUCUAUCAGAUAUACCCUGCCAGUUUCAAAGACAGCAAUGGUGACGGUCUUGGUGAUAUUCCUGGUAUCAUCAGCAAGAUUCCUUAUAUCAAAUCAUUGGGUGUUGAUACUAUCUGGCUUUCACCCAUCUUCGCAUCACCCCAGAAAGAUAUGGGUUACGAUAUCUCAGACUAUCGAGCUAUUCACGCUCCCUACGGCACAGUCGAGGACGUGCAAACACUCAUUGAUCAGCUUCACAACAACGAGAUGAGACUUCUAAUGGAUCUGGUUGUCAAUCACACGAGCGAUGAACACGUUUGGUUCAAAGAGUCUCGCAGUUCGAGGAACAACCCAAAGCGCGACUGGUACCUCUGGCGUGACCCUAAAUUUGACGCUCAUGGCAACCGAACAGAACCCAACAACUGGAAAUCUAUCUUUGGUGGCAGUGCUUGGCACUUUGAUGAACAGACUGGUCAAUACUAUCUCGCUCUAUUCCUCCCGUCUCAGCCUGAUCUCAACUGGGAGAAUCAAGACAUGCGUAAAGCCUCAUACGACGAUAUGCGUUUCUGGCUUGAUCGUGGUGUUGAUGGUUUCCGCAUCGACAGCAUGAACCUGAUGAGCAAACACCCCGAUCUGCCCGAUGGCAAGGUCAUCAACGACGAGCCAUACCAGUCUGGCGCCGAAUUCUUUGCAUCUGGUCCGAAGAUGCAUGACUACAUACGUGAGAUGAGAGCUGUCUUUGAUGAGUACGAUACGAUGACAGUGGGCGAGCUUGGUUUCACAAAGGAUGAACAAUCGGUCAGCGAAUAUGUCGCCAAAGACCGACAUGAGUUGAACAUGGUCUUCACGGGCGACAUCGUGGAUAUGGACUUUGGCGUGGAUGGCAAGUACGGCCGAGGCAGUUUCCAUCCACGUAAGAUUCGACACAUCACCGACAUGUGGCAGAGGAUCAUGCCUCGAGUCAAUGGGUGGAACAGUGUCUAUCUGGACAACCAUGACAGCGGGCGCUCACUGAGCCGCUACGCCUCGGACGCACCAGAACACCGUGCCACAGCCGCCAAGAUGCUCGCCACAUACUUGCUUACCUUGAGCGGAACGCCCUUUAUGCUUGCUGGACAGGAGAUCGGAAUGGCCAACUUGGGAAAAGACUAUGGUCCAGAGGCAUACAUUGAUGUGGAAGGGCGCAACUACUACAAAUCAGUGCUCGAGACGAGAGGCGGCGAUCAUUCCGAGAUGGGUGAUGUCAUGCGCGAGAUACAGCUCAAGGCUCGAGACCAUGGACGACUACCUAUGCAAUGGGACGACAGUGCCAACGCAGGCUUCACUCCGGAGAGCGCACAUCCUUGGAUGACGAUCAACCGCGACUACGUGGAUUGGAACGUUGCGAGUCAAAUUGAUGAUCCCAACAGUGUGCUUGCAUACUGGCGUAAGAUGCUGGCUCUGAGGAAGGAACACUCAGAUUUGCUCACAUACGGCUCUUACAAGCCACUUAACGAAGGCGACACUGGCGAGAGAGUGCUCGGAUAUGAACGUCAGUGCCAUGAGACUGGUCAGACAGCCGUCGUACUGCUGAACUUCUCGGAUCGCGAGCAGAAGGUGCAAGUCAAGUCCUUCGGUCAGCGUGAGUUCGGAGUCCUGGUGUCCAACCAAGCAAUCAGUAUCAAGGCCCACAAUGUGACCUUGAUGCCACAUGGCGCAGUCAUCAAGGCAAGCUAUGUAUCCUUGAUGCCAUAUGGUGCAGUUGUGCUUGCAGAUAGGUACUAG